AUGGAGGAGAUGUACGGCCUGCAUCACCACCUGGGCUUCCACGACCACCCGGCAGCCGCCGUGGUAGACGAUCUCCAGAGCUUGAUAUCGCGGAUACCUGGCUUGACGGCGCGGGAGCAGAUGCUCUCCUCCUGCACGGACAACACCACCGCCGCCACAGAGGCUUCCAUUGCGGUAGGAGGGGGCGGUGGGGCGCCAUCGGCGGGGGCGGAGAGUGUUUCCACUUCUAGCUCCAUCAAGGCCAUGAUCGCCUCGCAUCCCCGCUACCCUCGUCUUCUUGAGGCCUACAUAGAUUGCCAGAAGGUACAAGUUCUCUCCUCUCUCUAUCUCUCCAUUCUCUUGUUCUUCUUCAUGCAUCUGGAUCUUAUUUGUCUCAGGCAGUGUAGCCCUGGACCGGUCUUUACUUGCUUUCUCGUUCUUUCCCAGAUUUUUUGUUCUUUAGGUUAUUUUUCUCUCUCGAAGAACUGGCGAAGAAAACUGCGUAGAGAAGAAUCGCGAUAUAAUAACCGUUUAUUUUCUCAGGUCGGAGCACCGCCUGAAAUCGCUUCAUUGCUGGAGGAUAUCCGACGAGACAACGACGUCUUUAAGCGAGGCGCCGCCUCCGUCCUUCUUGGAACCGACCCGGAGCUCGACGAGUUCAUGGUCAUCUCACCUGCCUCUCUCUCUCUCUCUCUCUCACACACACACACACACACACACACACACUCAUUCACUUUCUCCCUCUUUUUAUCUAUCCGUAAGUCUAUCUAUCUCGUCUGCGCGUGCGAGGCCUGAGAUUGUUGUCUUCUUGUUUUCCCUCUCUUGUGCGGGUGGACAGGAGAUGUACUGCGAGGUGCUGAUGAAGUACAAGUCCGACCUCGCACGGCCGUUCGAUGAGGCGACGACAUUCCUCAACAGCAUGAAGUUGCAGCUUAGCGACAUCUGCAAGGGGAGCUCCCUCGUCUCCGGUAAGUCUUCCACCCUCCGCUCCUCUCUCACCCCCUGCGAGAGCCAUUACCGAACCCACAAGGUCUACCACUGCAUACAAGCAAGCUUAGAUCUCUCUCUUUCUCUCUCUCUCUCGUUUCUCGUUCAUCGUCUGGCUAAACAAGCUCGCGGUGGGAUGCUUUAGGGUUGCUGUAUUGGUAGGAUCUACGAUUUCGUUUCGUCUUGAAAUCCUUCCUUCCAUAUCUCCCCAGCAUCGAUGAUCAUGCGGGUGAACUUUAGGGUUUCUUCUAUCACUGGUUUACAUCCCCUCCGCCGACUUUCUGGAGGAGACGGGCCUCGCUCUCUCCAGUUCUUGCCUUCGCCAUUAAUGAUGCGGCGACAAUCCCCCCACCAACAGUGCUCGGAAUAUGCACCCAUUAUUCCAGUGGUUCCUGUUCCUCUUUCAUUCUCUGGAUGAUGAAGAUGAAUCUUAGGAACUGUGGCAGAAGUCUCCUGCUUGCUGAUCUUCUCCAUUCUUUCUUAGUCUAGUGAGGGUUUUUCCUCCCCGUGGAACUGGCUUCAAGUUCCAAUACGUCCCGCCAACUAUGGCUACUUGGGGACACGAGAGGGAACCUUCUGGGAAUGAACGCUCAUGAGCUUGGGAUCGAGAACGGAAACAUGCACUAGGCGAGUUCUUAGAUCUUCUCUGACCAGCAUCUAGCGUACUAUAGUAGUUUAUGGCAGACCAGGUCAACGCUCCCGCUUUGGUGCUGCAUCACGUUAGCUUUUGGAGAAUGCGGUGGGUCUUCUCUCACUAGAUUUGAUUUGACUUUGACCAUAGAAGGCCGAGCUUAGUGCGACCCAUUAUUUUGUAUUUUUUCUGGUUUCCUGUUAUUUUAUGCCGACCGUGUUGUUAAAAAAAUCGUCUUCUGAUAGUGGAGUCCAUUUGGAAUUGACCAUAGCGGUCGCGCCUUAUUUGUUGCUAUUUAUGUUUGUCCUUGAGCCCCUUCCAUAUUAUCCACGUGGCGGCACCUGGGACCGUCUGGAUGAGAUGAUGUUGACUUCUUGCUUGCCCCUCUCGUCUGCAGAUGAAGCUGCGGGUUCAUCGGAGGACGAGUUCGGCGGCGGGGACAUGGACGCCCAGGAAUCUCAGUCCAGGAACGAAGACAGGGAUCUCAAGGACGAGCUCCUCCGCAAGUACGGCGGCUACCUUAGCGGUCUCAAGCAGGAGUUCUCGAAGAAAAAGAAGAAGGGGAAGCUGCCCAAGGAGGCCCGGCAAACCCUACUCGACUGGUGGACUAUUCACUACAAGUGGCCCUACCCGACGGUGGCGUCUCUUCUCUCUCUCUCUCUCUCUCUCUCUCUCUCUCUCUCACUUCCUGAGAUUUCUCAAACUUGUGGAAAUGAUUCUGACGGAGGGGUGGAAUGGUUUGGACAGGAGGCCGACAAGAUUGCGUUGGCGGAGACGACGGGGUUGAACCAGAAGCAGAUCAACAACUGGUUCAUCAACCAGAGGAAGCGCCACUGGAAGCCUUCGGAGAACAUGCAGUUCGCUGUGAUGGACAACCUCUCCGCGGCGCCCUUCUACCUCGACAACUGA